ACGGUCGAUACACGGAUUGCAUAAGAGGGAGACUUGGUUAAUAGGUUAACACUGAUAUAAAGCAGACACCAAACACGUCCAAAAUGACCAAUUAAUAAAAAGGACUUGACUUAAAAAAAAAAUCAGUUGGAAAUACUUAGAUUUAGAAUAGAAUAGAAGAUAUCUUUAUUGUCAUACAAGAUACAACGACAUUUCUUUGGCAACUCUCACUGCAGUAAAAAAUAGACACAUACAUAAAUAAAUAAAUAAGAGUGUUAAAAGCAGACUGUAGUAGCGUAACCACACACACAUUGGGCAAUGGAUGCAAACAUUUGUUUAUCUUUUGGGAUGGUCUGAAAUCAAAUCCACUGCAGUAUCCUCCAGUCCACUGGGGGCGGUAGAGGGGUCUGUAGUGACGGUGUUUGCCCUUUAAAACGUCUGGAUCUUUUUUUGGAUCUUGCAGGAUCUUGCAGGAUAUUGUUUUCUGUUCUUAUUAUACAUCCAUGAGAUAUAUAUAUCUAUGGUUUUCUGCAUAGUCUCUUGUCCACACUCCAGUCCAGUUGGUGGCGGUAAUGCACCUACAAGUUGGUUUGUCAACCGCCCAUAAACACCAAAGAAGAAGAAGAAGAAGGAUCUUGCAGGAUGACAAAGUUGACAAGCUUUUUGACGGAAUACACACAAAUAUCUUAAGCCUUUUAAAAGAUGAUGCGAAGACCUCGGACAACAACUGCCAAAGUUGUUGAGAACACUGAGGAUUCCGACUUGUCCAUUUCCACCAUACUGAUAAGUGAUGAGGAUAGAGAUGAAUGGACACCAGCAGAGCCAAAACUUAAAGCUCCCACUACUACGGCCCGAGCUCCUGCAGUACCCAUGAUGCGAAGACCUCGGACAACAACUGCCAAAGUUGUUGAGAACACUGAGGAUUCCGACGCGUCCAUUUCCACCAUACUGAUAAGUGAGGAGGAUAGUGAUGAAUGGACACCAGCAGAGCCAAAACUUAAAGCUCCCACUACUACGGCCCGAGCUCCUGCAGUACCCGGGGAGAAGAAAGCAGCUCCCAAGAGAACUGCUAAACCUAAGGAGCCAAAAGCACCCAAACAACCUAAACCUCCUAAAGAGCCUAAAGUUCCUAAGCCAAGAGCACCACGUAAAACUGCAGCAGAGCGAAAAACACAGGCCUCGAAAGUUGUGAAGGGUUCCAGGACAUCUGUGUUGGCUGGAACAAAAAGGAAAAAUAUUGAUGAAGGCAAAAAUGAUGACAAGGCUGCAGAAAAGAAAGAAGAAAAACAUACAGACUGUGGGCCAAGUACCAAAAUGAAGAAAGAGAGGGUAUCAUUCAUCGUGUCAGAAGCGAAUCAAGCAGACAUGUGGGCAGGCGAGGGGACAUCACUCGCUGGAUUUAUAGCAAAGAAAGAGGAAGUGGAGGAUUUCACGUUUGAUGAGCCUUGUCUAAAGAAACAGAAGACCGGUGGUGCCUUCCUGGGACAACCAAGUGCUUUACCAUCGUCCACAGCAAACACUCUGAGGAAUGAACUCAAUAUGAACUGGGACUUCAUAGAGGUGCUGUCCACCCGGACAUGUGUGGAGUGGCGGGUGUGUGCAAAUAUCAUCGGGCUGCUUCGUGAGGAGAACACGGUGCCGUUCAUGGUCCGCUACCGCAAAGAUAUGAUCAAUCACAUGGAUGCUGACGCUGUCCGAGACGUCCAGCUGGUAUAUGAAGAGUUAAGCACUCUUUCCAAGAAGACCCAGUCUGUGAUUCAGACCCUGAAGAAAGACGGGGUUUUAACAGUCGAGCUGGAACAAAACAUGAGGAGCUGCCAAUCAGCUGAUGAACUGGAUCAUGUGUAUUCUCCCUAUAAGAAAGGCAGCAAGCUGACAAAGGCUCGCCGGGCCAAAGCCCUCGGUCUUGAGGAUGCCGCCUCUUUACUCAUGAACACACCACACACUCUGGAUUUAAGGACAUGGGUAAAACCUGGUACUGAAGGUCUGUCAUCGGUGGAAGAAGUGUCUACAGGUGUGGGGCAUAUCUUAGCAGAUUUGAUGGCCAAAGACCCUGAGACCCUCGCCUAUGUGAAAACAUUGUGUGAGAACAACUUUGUGACCAUCCAGUCGUCUGUGUCCAAGUCUGCACUUAAGGAGAAGGUCCAAGACCACAAAAAACCAGGGGCCAAGCAAAACAAAAAAAUGGACAUUGACAAGUUCCACCUAUACCUUGACUUCACCUCCAACAUCCAACGCAUCCAGCCCCAUCAGACCCUGGCUAUUAACCGAGGGGAGAGUCUGAAGAUUUUGACAGUGAAGGUGAACAUUCCCGACAGGGUGAAGAAUGAUUUCACGAGGUGGUGCAUCGACAACAGGUGGAGACCGAAAACGUUUGCUACAGAAGAGCAUUGGGCGAUCGUCAGGAGUGCGAUUGAUGACUCUUACAAAAGGCUUAUUCUGCCCUUCCUAACUAGAAAUUACAGGACUAAGCUGUCAAGUGCAGCAGAGAAGGAGUCGAUCGCCAUGUUUGUGAGUAACCUCCGCCGCUGCCUGUUGGUGGGUCCAGUCCGCGGCUGUGUCAUCUUGGGGGUGGACCCUGGCUUUAGACAUGGCUGUAAGCUGGCAGUUCUCUCCCCCACGGGCCAGAUUAUCCAUACUGAUGUUGUCUACCUGCAUAAUACAGGCCAGCAAAGAGAAGUGGACAAACUGCGCCACCUAAUGAUGACAUACAGCUGUACUAAUGUUGUCAUUGGCAACGGGACAGCGUGUCGUGAGACUGAGUCCGUCUUCGCUGACCUCAUCUCUAGGCGCUGCUUUCACCCCCUGGACGUGUCUUACUGUAUAACCAGUGAGGCAGGAGCAUCAAUCUACAGUGUGAGUCCUGAGGCGGUGAAAGAGUUACCGGACAUGGACCCCAACCUGAGGAGUGCAGUGUCUAUUGGAAGACGCGUCCAAGAUCCAAUGGCUGAGCUCGUGAAGAUUGAUCCGAAACACAUCGGCAUCGGAACAUACCAGCAUGAUGUGUCAGCCGGAGCUCUGAAGGUGGCUCUGGACGGCGUGGUGCAGGAGUGUGUGAGCUUCGUCGGGGUGGACAUCAACAUCUGCUCCGAGACGCUGAUGAGGCAUGUGGCAGGCCUAAAUGCAGGGCGGGCGAAGAGUAUUGCAGAAUGGAGAGAGCAGAAUGGUCCCUUCAACAACAGGGAACAACUCAAACUGGUGAAAGGCAUGGGGCCCAAAACCUACCAGCAGUGUACCGGCUUCAUCAGAAUCAACCCGCAAACCCUACACAGUGCCAAAUCCUCGCCUCACCCUGUACCUGAGAAACCAGCAGCUAAGAAAAGCAAAGCAAAGACUUGCGUCAACAUACCGACCUCAUUUAACCCCCUGGACCAGACCUGCAUUCACCCCGAGUCCUACCACGUGGCAGAGAGGUUUCUGUCCCUCGUGGGUGGGAGUGCAGACCAGAUCGGGAGUGCAGGCCUGCGACAGUGUGUGGAGCGCAAGGUACAGACCAGCAGUGUGGAGGAACUGGCCAAGACCGUGGACAGCACACCUGAGACCCUCAAACUCAUCAUCGAUGGCCUCACGCAGGCCCCCGGGUUCGACAUAAGACAAAGUUUUGGGCAGGCGGACUUUAAGAGGGGCAUUGUAUCGAUGAGUGAUCUGCGGGUGGGUGCAGUUCUGACGGGCCGGGUGGAGAACGCCUCUCUGUUCGGGGCUUUUGUAGAUAUCGGGGUUGGCCGCUCGGGUCUUAUCCACAAAAGCAAAAUCACACUGGACAAACUGCCUGCCAGUGAGCGCCGCCGCAGCCUGGCUCUUGGACCUGGGCAGCGGGUGGAGGUCCGGGUCCUCAAUGUGGACCCUCAGAGGGGACGGAUCGGGCUGGACCUGAUCAGGGUCCUGCAAUAGAUUCACUUAUUUCCCAUAUUUCAUGCCUGUCAUAAAAGUUACACACAAAGCUGCUGAAAAGGCAAUGACUUCAUGAUAUUUACAUGUUCUUAUAAGCAGGUUCAAACUAUUUAAGUUUAUUUAUAUGAAUGGCUUAUAAAUAAACGGCUCUACUUUGCACACAUUCCUCUAAUGACUGUUUAUUUGUCAGGGCCUGCAAUUUCAAAAUGCAAUUUCAGCAUUUUUCCUGCAAAUAUGAGCAAAAUAAAACUUCCUCACAGUUAUGCUAAAGGUGGGAAGACUUCAUUUCCCAAGACUUCAUUUCCCAAGACUUCAUUUCCCACCUUUCCCCAAUCUACCUGAGUUUUUCUCAGGUAGAUUUAGUUCUCUGCCUGUUUAUAAUCCCUGUGUAUUUUUGGAUUGAACGCCAAACCUAAGUGCGUAAUUCAGGGCAAAAUAAUGUUAUCUUUAUAUUGGAUAGUUAACUUCCCAUCUAGCAAUCUGCACAAACAACUUUCUCCUUGAGAAGAUUUUGAGAAGGUGAGACAGUUUAUUGCUUAUUAGCAGAAGAUUGAUUCAUAAUAAUAAUUUAAAAUGACUCUUUCUGUAUUCCCACUCUUGUUCUGCUUUGAAGUGAUCUGAACAGUUUGACAAUACACUUGUUUGUUUCUUCUUUUGAAGAAGAUUUAGUUUGCUGUGUUUACUGUGUUCGGAUAUCAAUCUGUGACUGGCUUAUCAUUUAUCAAUUAAAAAAUAUUUUCUGCA